AUGUUCAAGGUGGUCGAUCGAGCCCAGGCGCGGAGGGACGCUGCAGGAAACCCAGAUGCGUCCGUGACGCACGUUCACGGGUCCCCUGUGCGGAGAGGACAGGCCACUGUAUCAGAUCGAUCCCAACCCACACAACAAGCGCAUUAUAAUACUAGAUCUCCUGCAGCCACUGAUAGGUCGUACCUCGAUCGUCCUCUUCCUGCUCCACCAUUGGGAGAAAAGAUGCUGUUGGAGAGACCAUCGACUUCUGGAGGACCAUCCUCGAAAACCCAGUCAGCUAGUGGCGUGAGCAAGUUCAACAGCAAAUACAACAACAACAACAAAAGGGUAUCAAGGGACGAUUUCUACGUGAAUACGAAAUCGUCGAGCUCAAACUCAAAGGUGUACGGCAAGCAACAGUAUGCUGCUUCUCACGGUCAUCUACCAAGUUCAAACCUGACAAGCCCGCGUACCAAGGCAUACAAGCACCAGUUUUCGGCUUCACACGGACAUCUACCUCGUCAAAGAACACCAUCACAGCCUGCAGUCCCUAUAGUACGGCUGACAACACCGGCGACCAUGUCAGAUCAGUCUGCGCCCAUCGGCAUGGCUCUAGGCAGCCCAACCCAUCCACCCGAGAUGUCGAAUGGCGGGACAUUACGGCCGCAUCAAAUGCAGCCAGCAACGUCGCCUCUUUCCUCUGUUGAAAGUGUUGACUCUUUCGACAUGCCAAAGGAGAAGAAGCAGCCUGGGAAACGGAGGUUAUUUGGACUCUUUGGAAGAAAACGAUCGGAAGCAGAGCCAUCACCAGUGUCCAUCUCGGAGCCGAAUCAAUUGGGUCGGGCAUAUCGCCCGGAUCAGCAGGUUGGCUCGCACUCGCCAAAUGAAGUACGGCCGAAACAUUCACGAAGCAAGACUGCUCAUGAUCACAAGGCACUUACACAAAAAUCUACGGUCAAGCGUUCUCAAACCCUGCCAGACGCACACGAGCAGUCUUCGACAUUGGCGCCGACUGGUCUGAGAGCCCAUGGCCCAAGUAUAGAUACACAAAGAAGCACGGCCAACUUUGGAAGUAUACCAAUAGUCUUGGAUUCACCAACCCAGGAGUCAACCCCAGCACCAAGCUUUCUCAACAUUGAGAUUCCAAAGAGUAAUAUGGAGAGAUAUAGCGUUAUGUUUCAAGGCGUUCUGGGAACGCAACCUAAUAAUACAUCGUCGCUGCUCGCGAGACGUCAAGCAACGAGUAAGGAACUAAAGAAAAUCAGUGACGCGAUCAUUGCGGAAGAGGUUGGUCAUAUUCAUCCAAACUCCAAGUCGUGUUCGUACAUAUCUAACCCAAGGCAGGAUGAAAAGUUACCAAGGCCUAGGCGGGCAACUUCACCACAACCGUCCAAGUCGCCGCAGUUCUUUUUGUUUCCCGCUGCGCCAACGGGUAGGCGGACACCACAGCAGGCAACCAGACCAUGGAAAACUGUGCGGUCCAAUACUUCACCAGCAUUGCUUCCAUCCCCGUCAAAGGCGACAUUCGACCAAUCGCUCGAAGCCCAUGCGCAGAGUGGUCACCCUGCACAGCACCACGUGGGAAGAGCGGCGAUAUCUCAUGAUGUCAAAUCAUCGGCCCUGCCAGCCCCAAGUUUUCACUUUGGCCCGAACGAGUCUGGACUCGUCCUUGAAUCCCCGUCGGAUAUCGACUCUCCAACAAUUGCACCCGAAAUCAUUCGCACCAGCACAAGCAAGCACAAGAUCCAGGAACCCGACUGGCAGAUCCUCGAGCCAUCCACAUACACUCUGUCCAGCGGCUCUUCAUCUGCCACCAGUGCUCGAAAGACAACUCCAUCCUCGGCCUCGUCGGCGCAGACGCACAUGACCCCCCCGCCCUCAUCCGAUCUGGACGAGCCAGACAAUAUCGACUAUAGCCACGACCCCGUGCAGAUCUCCAUUGCCCGACAAAUCUCCAUAUCCAGGGAGCAGCGCAAGCUUCUCAAGCCGCUAGAGACGAGCUUCACAUUGAGAGCAAAGGCGAGUCCUGCCCGGGCCAGUCCGGUAGUACCGAGGAUCGGCAUGGCUGAGAACGAGAGGCUGGCCGAGACGCGGUCGGCUACGCCCACCCUCGUGGUUCCCAGACAGACCCUCGACGCCGACCUUGCGCAACACCGCAAGAGCGAGCGUAUCAUUAUUGAAGGCUGA